AUGGUGUUGGAGGCUUCUAUGAUAAUCGUUGACAACAGCGAGGCGAGUCGCAACGGCGACUACGUACCCUCGCGAUGGGAAGCGCAAGCCGACGCUGUGAACCUCAUCUUCUCUGCAAAGACUGGGGCAAACCCAGAGUCGUCGGUCGGUCUCAUGAGCAUGGGAGGCAGCACACCCGAGAUUCUCACCACUCUCACUACGGACAUCGGCAAGGUCCUCGACGGCCUACACCGCACAAAGAUAAAGGGAACCUCGCACUUCUCCACAGGCAUCAAUGUCGCCGCAUUGGCACUCAAGCACCGUCAGAACAAGUCACAGAAGCAGCGGAUAGUCGUCUUCACCUGCAGCCCGAUUGAAGAGGAGGAGAAGGAUCUUGUGAAGCUGUCAAAGCGCAUGAAGAAGAACGGCAUAAGUGUGGAUAUCAUCGCAUUCGGCGAGCUUGGAGAAGAGACAACCAGGAAGCUUGAGAAGUUCAGCGAGGCAUGCCAGAGCGCGGAGGGAUCACAUCUUGCGGUCAUCCAACCCAGCUCGAAUCUACUCAGCGACUCCCUCGUCACCACGCCAAUACUCGGAGGAGAUGCUAGCUCUGGCGGCGCAGGUGCAAGCAACGCAGGUGGAGAAGGCGGAGAUGCCGGCGGCAACUCUUUCGAAUUCGGAGUAGACCCCUCUGUAGACCCCGAGCUUGCAUUGGCGUUGAGGAUGAGUUUCGAGGAGGAGAAAGCACGACAAGAGAAAGAGAAGAAGUCUAAGGAGGCUGCAGAGGGCAAGUCCGAGCUUGAGCCGGUGGCUGAAGGCGAUGAGAAACAACCCUUGUUAGAUGAUCAGGGUCAGCCAAGUGGAAGUGGAAGCAAGGAUAAGAAAGACGAUGAUAAGAUGGACACUGCGUAA